CGCCGAGCUUCCACCACCGCCUCUACCGCAUCACUACCACCCGCUCGCCAUCGCCGCCUUCACUCUUGUCCGCGUCCACUCCCGCACAUCUGCCGCCCCGCAUCUCCUCGUCUAGAUUUUGCUGGCAUGGCGCCGCAGCGCGAGCGCUACAACGCCGCCGCGCGCCGCUCGACCGUCGGCGGGCGCACGCACAAGGGCAAGCGGCCGCACUCCGAGACGACGCUGGACCCGAAUGCGCCGCUCAUCGACGAUGAGGCCGCUGCGCGCCAGCGCGAAGAGAUGGCCGCGCGAAGGGCGGCGCUCGGAGCGCCGGCUGGCAUGAGCGCCAAGAAGCGCAAGCGCCUCGACGCCUUCAUCGCGCGCGGGCUGCAAAAGGAGCGCAAGGGCGAGCUGCUGCGCAAGCUCGAGAGCAGCUCGGCAGAGGUGGGCGACCGCGCGGCGCUGCUGUCGGCCGCGACGCUCGGCACGGGCCGCGCGCUCAGCGGCAAGCAGCGCCUCGAGGGCCUCGAGCGCAAGGCGGACCGCAAGCGGCGGCACCGCGAGGCGAGCACCGAAGACGAGCGCGACGCAGACCUCGACGACAUGGCCGAGGGCAGCGUGAAUCGGCCUGAGGGCGAGCAGCUCGAGGAUCCGGCCCGGCGCGCGCGCAUCCAGGUCGUCGCCGCCCGCUUCGCUGCGCCGCAGGCAGAGGAGGCACCGCCUGCCGCCGCUGCUGCCGCGGUGGACGAGGCUCCUGUUGCUGGCCCUUCAGUGGCGGCUUCUGCAGCGCUCGGAUCUGCGCUAGCGGCGCCACCGCCGCCGAUGCGCAAGCGGGCCCGGCGGCGGCGCAAGACACCCACGCCCUCGCCGUCCGAGAGCAGCUUCGACAGCAGCGAGAGCUCUGGGGGCGAGGAGGACGUCGCCGACGAUGUGCUGGAGGCCGCGAUGAAGGCGCGGGGCAUCCAGUGGCCGGGCGCAGACGAAGAUGCCGGCGAUGCUGGCUCGGACGAGUUCUCGGACGAGGAGGGGUCUGAGGCUGGUGGCGGCUCUGCGGCGGGCGAGACGGACGAGGAGGAAGACGCCAUCUUCCGCGAGGCGAUGCGCCGGCGCGGCAUGUGGGUCCCAGAGAUGGAUGCCGCGGCAGACGCCGAGAGCAGCGGCGCGUCUGCGACCGAAGAGGAAGAGAGCCCAGGCAGCCCCGCAUGGCUCGGCUUUGCGAGCGAGGACGAGGCUGGCGGGGCGGACGACGCUCGCGAGGCAUCAGACGCAGAGUCAUCGUCCUCGUCCUCUGCGUCGGGAUCCUCCUCAUCCCGGCCACUGCGCCCAAAAGCAGCGCGCAAGCACAACACCGAGCGCGCAUCGGGCUUCAAGGACUGGGCACGCGCCGAGAUGGGCCUCGCACCUGGGACACCUACCUCGGCUGAUGCCGCAGACGGCCCCUACGUCGGCCCGACGCCGGUGCAGGGCCUCGUGCAGCGCGUCGGCGACCUCGGCCCGCAGGACGGCGUCGCCCGCGGCCCGCUCGGCGGCGCCAUCGCUCCGCUGUCGCCGUUUGCCACGCGCUACUUCGAGGAGUCGCGGGAGGGCGGCUCGGCCAAUGCCGUCGCCGUCACGCGCGACCCGGCGAUCCAAGAGUCGCGGCUGCAGCUGCCCGUCAUGCGCGAGGAGGACCUCAUCACACGCACGAUCCUCGAGAACCCCGUGACGGUGCUGUGCGGUGAGACGGGCUCAGGCAAGACGACGCAGGUGCCGCAGUUCCUCUACGAGGCGGGCUUCGGCAGCCCCGGCAGCAGCAAUCCCGGCAUGAUCGGCGUGACACAGCCGCGGCGAGUCGCCGCCCUGUCCAUGGCCGCACGCGUCGGCGCCGAGCUGGCACUGCCCGCGUCGCGCGUGUCGCACCAGAUCCGCUACGACGCAACCGUGUCGCCGUCGACGAGCAUCAAGUUCAUGACCGACGGCGUGCUGCUGCGCGAGCUGGCGAGCGACUUUCUGCUCAGCCGCUACAGCGUCGUGCUCGUCGACGAGGCGCACGAGCGCAGCACCAACACCGACGUGCUCAUCGGCGUGCUGUCGCGCGUCGUGCCGCUGCGCGCGCAGCGCUGGAUCGACGGCGAGCAGGGCGCGCGGCCGCUGCGCCUCGUCAUCAUGAGCGCCACGCUGCGCGUGUCCGACUUUGCCGAGAACACGACGCUCUUCCCGCAGCCGCCGCCGAUUAUCAACGUCGAAGCACGGCAGCACCCGGUGACGGUGCACUUUGCGCGCCGCACGAAGCACGAUUACGUCGACGAGGCAACGAAGAAGGCCAUCAAGAUCCACGCGCGCCUGCCGGCCGGUGGCAUUCUCAUCUUCCUCACCGGCCAGCAGGAGAUCGCGACGAUGUGCAAGCGGCUCGAGGCACGCUUCGGCCGCCGCGCCAUCGAGGAGCGCAAGCGCGCACGCACGCACCUGCGCACCGCCGCGCACGCCGACGACGGGCGCGAGGACCUCAUCGAGUUUGGCGCGCGCGACGGAGACGUCGAGGCGGAAGAGAUGGACCUCGGCCAGCAGGACGCCGGACCCGACACGCUGGCGCUCGAUGUCGAUGGCGACGCCGCAGAUGCGCCCGACGACCCCGACGCCCUCGACUCGGACGACGACGCCGCGCCGGCGGACCACGAUGCAGACCUGCCCGAGCACCUCAAGGACGACUCCGACGUGCCGCUGCACAUCCUGCCCCUCUACUCGCUCCUGCCGAGCGAGCGGCAGAUGCGCGUCUUUGCCGCGCCGCCAGAGGGCACGCGGCUGUGCGUCGUCGCGACCAACGUCGCCGAGACGUCGCUCACCAUCCCCGGCAUCACGUACGUCGUCGACUGCGGCCGCUCCAAGGAGCGCAGCUACGACGCGGCGACGGGCGUGCAGAGCUUCGACGUGCGCUGGAUCAGCAAGGCGAGUGCGUCGCAGCGCUCUGGCCGCGCGGGCCGCACAGGCCCGGGCCACUGCUACCGCCUGUACUCGAGCGCCAUCUUCGAGGACACGCUGCCGCAGUUUGCAGUGCCCGAGAUCCUGCGCACGCCCGUCGAGGGCCUCGUGCUGCAGAUGCACGCAAUGCACCUCGACUCGGUGGCCAACUUUCCCUUCCCCACGCCGCCGGACCGCGCGGCGCUGCGGCGCGCCGAGCGCACGCUCGUCCGUCUGGGCGCGCUCGAGAUGGCCGACACGGCGCGCAAGACGCAAGCCGCGCGCGCCACCGAGCUCGGCCAGGCGAUGAGCCUCUUUCCGCUCUCGCCGCGCUUCGCCAAGCUGCUUGUGCAGGGCCAGCAGCACGGCUGCCUGCCGUACGUGAUUGCGCUCGUGUCCGCGCUGAGCGUUGGCGACCCUUUCGUGCGCGAACAGGCACUGUCGGGCGCAGCGGACGACGAAGACACCCUGCCGCCCGAGGCCUCUGGCCUGCGCAGCGAAGCGCUCCGCCAGCAAGAGGCCAACAAGGAACGCCGCAAGCGCUACUUCACUGCGAUGAGCGCCUUCAGUGCGCUUGGCGGCGGCAGCAGCGACACAUUCCGCCUGCUCGCGGCCGUUGGCGCGUACGAGUACGAGCAGGGCGGCACGUCGUUCUGCGAGCGCAACUUCCUGCGGCCCAAGGCGAUGCAGGAGAUCCACAAGCUGCGUGCGCAGCUUGGCGCCAUCGUCAAGUCGCGCGCGGCGCCGGGCACGGACCUGCGCUGCCUCGAGGACCCCCAGCUGCCGCCGCCGAGCGAGACGCAGCUCAAGGUGCUGCGCCAGCUGCUGGCCUCGGCGUACGUCGACCAAGUCGCCGUGCGCGCGGACCUGGUGCCCGAGGCGGCGGCGAUGCUGGGCUCUCUUGCCGACGAGUCGACCGAGGCCGGCCGGCAGUACUCGCUGCAGGUGCGGCGCGGUGCAAAGCUCGCGUCGACGCGCGGCGUGGCGUACCUCGUCCGCUCGGCGCCCGGACAGGCGUGCUUCGUGCACCCCAGCUCGGCGCUCUUCCACGGACCGCCGCCGCCGUGGCUCAUCUUCGACGAGCUCUACCGCGGCUCGGCGGGCGCUGCGGCCGGCAAGGUGUGGCUGCGCACCGUCACGCGCAUCAACCCCGCGUGGCUGCAGAGCCUGGCGCGCCCGCUGUGCAGCUUCGCAAAGCCCGCUGAGCCGUCCGGCGGCACUGCUGCGCUGCUCGCCGCCGCCAAGACGGACCAGACGCAGCGCGACAUCGUCCUCGUGCCGAGCUACGGCACCGGGCCGGCGGCAGAGCCCGAGGAGCGCAACGCGGGGCCCGGCUGGGAGCUGCCGCCGACCAAGGCGACGCAGACUCUCGUCAACGGGCGCUGGGUGACGAACCUUCCAUAGCAAUGCAGCGCUAGUCUUCG